CAUAUCAGAAGAGCUCGGUGGUGAUCCUGGGAUUAAGUUUAUUAUUAUUAUGGCUGUUGCUGUUUUUAUUAUUAUGUCGGAUUAGGAAUGUUGUUAUACGUCAUCACAGCGUUGGGCAGUGGGGCUGUCUACUCAGUUGCGGUCUCUUCUUUGGAGGCAGGAAUGUAAAUCCAGAGGGAUUAGUGAGCGGUAACAAACUGAGUUGAAACCCUUCAGUAGCUCUCCAAGGGGUCUGCCCCUGCCUCAGUGCGUAAAGUUGGGCUCCGGAUGCGCAGCGCAGCUCUCACUAUCCACACAGGCUCCACGAGCAUCAACUCCGCGGGAUACUUGACGAGGAGUUCUGAGGUUUUGGUGCCACCACCUUCUUGGGUCAAUGACAGAUGCAAACAGAGGCGUCCUGUUGAUGUGAGGGCGUUUUAUCUUGAGCAGAUCGUCUGUCCCGGAGCGCAGAAGGGGACAUGGGUCAACUUUAUGGUGCGACUCUUUUACCGUUUGGCGCAAUCUGUGUGGUUUUCCUGUGGGAAUCCGGUGCCAGCUCUAUCAGGACGACGCUCGCAGUGGACACAUCGAGAGCGGAGUGUCCAGAGAGUAAGAUCCUGACUGUGGAGUAUCCCUGUGUCAGAGCAGGAGGGAAGAACAGCACUUGUUUCAGGAGGAAAUGCUGUGAAGGGUUCAGGUUUGUGAUGGGCCAGUGCAUACCUGAAAGUGUAGACAUGUGUGAUGCAUCGCCCUGCGAGCAGCAGUGCACUGACAACUUUGGACGAGUUGUCUGCACGUGUUACCCCGGCUAUCGCUUUGACCGGGAAAGACACCGCAGCCACAAAUCCCCUUACUGUCUGGACAUUGAUGAGUGUGAGCACCCAGGCAGCAGUGUGUGUGACCACGACUGUGUGAACACAGUGGGAAGCUUCCUGUGUCGCUGUCGCAGCGGCUACAUACUGGCACCGGACCAACGCUCCUGCAUCCCUGUACACAACUUGAGCUCAUCUGGGAAGUCAGACACCUUGAUGAGUGCUGGUUCUUGUUCAUUCACCUGUCAGGAUUUUAUGAACAUGGAAAACAGUUUGCUGCAGCUGAAAAGGAGGCUGGGCAACACGCAGUCACCGAACCAGGUGCUGGACCUGGCUAACAGAAGUGACAAGCCGUCUCUGGGGAGGGUAGGAAAAAGUCCUGAUAGUCCUUGUCAUCCUGGUCUACCCGGUCCUCCAGGAGCUCCUGGGGUCCCAGGACACCCAGGUGAACCAGGAAAGCAAGGUGACCCAGGGGACAGGGGCCCGCUUGGCCCUGGGGGUCCUCGAGGGGACAUGGGCCCAAUGGGUCCGGAGCCUGACUUGAAACAUAUCAAAAGAGGCCGCAGAGGUUCAGUGGGACCACCUGGAGCAGCAGGAAGAGAUGGAAUAAAGGGUGAAAGAGGAGUUCCAGGUCUCAGAGGCCCACCUGGACCUCCCGGCUCCUUUGACUUCCUGCUGCUGAUGAUGGCUGACAUCCGUAAUGACAUCAUUGAACUGCAGGAGAAGGUGUUCGGCGAGCGGCGAGGCAUCUCUCUGGACAGUCCUCCUCAGGCCAGCGGGGAUGUGGAUUUUGUAGAUUGGGGCUCGGGCCAAGGAGAUCUGAUGGUCAAUACUUGACCUUUGACCUCGGUCACAGUAACGGUUACUAAAGCCCAGCAACAAAAUCACCAAACUUGACUCUUUUCUUCACUGAUAAAGGACAUUGGUGGUCAAAGAGCCAAAAUGUAAAUAAUUCUUAAAAUCACAGCUGGGAUGAAGUGGGCAGGGAGCCUCAGCGGUUACACCCUCAACGCUGCCACAGUCUGUAACACGGGGAGAUCCAAGGAUUACGAAAUGAAACGCAUUCUCCCUGCAAGCGAGCGAGUCUCCCCGCUGCCGUUCAUAUGCUGUGGUGUGAGUGAGGGAAUUGCGUGCGGGACAUAGAGUGAGAAAGACACAGUGUGAGCCUUCAUGUCUGAGUCUCUGAGCUGUGCCUCUGAGCUGAACCACUUCAAACGAUGAACUUUAUCGUCUACAUCUCUUCCUGUUCCUGAGUCUGUCCGUGGAAGCUGUGCAGCCGCUGACAGUGUGCCUGCAGGGCAUUGGUACAAAGACCCAGGACCCGCACCCUGAGCCUCCCCUGCACCUGACUGCAGCAUUCAGCCCUCGAGUCAGAGAUACUUUCCACUCCGAGGCACAGACUUCACAGACAAAUUCAAUGCAGACAACCGUAAUGUUGACAGUAACAGUAACGCCUGAUGUAAUGCUGAUUAUGCCAUUAACAUCUCAAUUCAAGUAUGAUUAAAGAAACAUUUACUGCAGCAAUACAUUCAUUUAAAAAUAAUAUAAAAAAUGUCACAUAUACAACAGAGUCAAUCUUGUGACAGUAACGUUAACAUAAGCAGAAUCUGCUUCUUAUAAAAAAGACACAAAAAAAGCUGUAAAACUAAAAGGAAUAAACAUAUUAUAACUGAAAUUGUCUAAAGGGAACAGUUUCAUGGAAUUUGUUUUACAUGUUUUCAUAUUGCACACAUGUUUCUGUCAGUAGUUUGUCAGAAACAUGUUCGACAUGAAGAAGGAAGGCAACUUUAAAGUUUCUUACUGUGAAGCAGCAGCUGCCAAGAAGGAUCAACCCAUUGCUCAAUAAAGGUUUUGCCUAAUAUAGAUUUUAACUGUUUAAUGGGGAUUUUUAUUCAUAAUGUUCACAGAGUUAUUUUGUAACGUUGAUCGUCAAAUUGCAAAUUAUCAAGAUUAAAGAUCUAGUUAUUGCAUCAAAAACUAGAUUGUCAGUAGAGAGCAUACCUCCACCAAGGCCCAGCAGUCUUCUCAUGAAACUGAAUUAGUUAAAUUCACAUGAUCCAGAUUUUUAAUUGGUUCAAAUUCAAAAACAAAUUCCUGUAUCCGCCCCCUGAUCUUAAUCUGCACCAAAAUUGAAUGGCUUCUUCCCUGGUAAUCCGUCCAGUAGGUACUCCCACUGAGUAUCAAACAAACAAAUGCAGAUGAAAACAUAACCUCCUUGGCGGAUGUAAUUAAUGUGUGUACCUGUAGCAGAUUCUUUUUCUAGGAAAUUAUAAUAAGAAAGAUGGAGACAUAGUAACAGUUCAACAUUAGGGAAAUGUGAUUAUUUGCCUCUCAUCAAGCGAAGAUUGAUACGACUCAUGUCAAUGAAAUAUGAAGUAUGGACAUUAGGCUGGUGUGAAUCUUCUCAUUGAGGAAAGUCAAUAAAAUGUCCCACUGUGCAUAGUAUAGUAGCACUGCAAUUUGUUGACACUUCUUCAGUGAAUUCAGCUACAGUCACUACUAUAAAGAGUGAUUGAAGUUGCAAUAGUUCAAUGAGCUGCGCACAUGUAAUUGAUGUGUGAUAGAGCAAGAUGCAGUGUGUGUGUGUGUGUGUGUGUGUGUGUGUGUGUGUGUGUGUGUGUGUGUGUGUGUGUGUGUGUGUGUGUGUGUGUGUGUGUGUGUGUGUGUGUGUGUGUGUGUGUGUGUGUGUGUGUGUUUCCAUUUGUAUUACAGUGGUAAUAAUGGACUGUAUGAUUAGAUCAGUUGGGACUCUUAUGUAUUCAUCGAGGAAUUGUUAAAGGUGAAGUGAACAGUUUCAGAUGAUAACUGCUGGUUUCUCUUCUUUUCCAAAGCAGAAUGAGAAAUCAAACCUUGAAUAUCAAAAGCAGGUAACAGAUCCCCAAAAUCUGAACAACAGAUUCAAAACCCAAGACGAGUGGAUGAGCAACAAUGUGCUGUUGAUGCAGAAUUUGUGAAGAGUUCAAAACCACGAGGUAUCCCUGUUCCCUAAAUGAUUUUUUACUCAGUGCCACCAGCAGAGGGUACUAAUACACAGAUAAUCCCCCCUUCGAAAGUUAAUCUCUGUGAACACAAGCAAGGUAAAACAACCAGAUUCUUGAGUUCUCACAGCACUAUUUCCUUUGAGUGAAUAUAAUAACUAUCCAUAAAACAUCCUAAAAAUAUUCAAUGCAUCCCAAACAUGCAACUAAUAGAAAAUAAGUAAAUCAUCCUAGCAUUUAUGUGCGAGGCUCAUGCCCCCUCCUCAUUAUCCUCAGCACUGACUGUGGGACUGUAGCGUGGCUAGGUGUCAUUAUAGGUGUAAGCAUCAGAGGUCAGAGGUCAGAGGUCAAAUGCCUGGGCAUAAACAGCUGGAGGGAUAAUUAUAGACCGCAGGCUUUCUGAAGGGGGCCUGUCAGGGCUCGUACCCACCACCAAGGAGAGGGUGUUCAGAAAAGGAGAACACACACACAUGUUUGAUCUGCUGAGGCUGAGUUCACUCUCUCUGGCCUUUCUGAUGCCUUUGAUUCUUUGAUCCUGACGCACAGAUCUCAGUGAAGCUGUGUGUGUGUGUGUGUGUGUGUGUGUGUGUGUGUGUGUGUGUGUGUGUGUGUGGGUGUGUGUGUGGGUGUGGGUGUGUGUGUGUAAGUGUGUGUGUCUGUAAGUGUGUGUGUGUCUGUGUUUUACUUGACAGGCUUCUCACCUAACAGCUCCGCCCCCUGUCGUGCGGUCACUGCUCACAGUGCAGUCGUUGCCAGGGCAACCAGGAUCAGGAAAAACAACAUGAAACAAUUUAAGAACCAUGUCAGUGAGAGAAAGAGAUUAUCUUAUUUCCUUCACCACUUGUCAUGCAACUGGAGGCUCUGCUCUCAGCCUGUAGGGGACAGCAGAGAGAAGGUCAACAGAGUCCAAGUGGAAGCAAAAAGUUCACCCGCGUCAAAGUAGUUGUUCAUUAUCAGAUCAGCGCUCAGAGCAGAGACUGUCUUACUGUCAGUGAGGCAGACGUACCGCACACGUAGAACUUACAUCUCAUGUCAGCUUGUAAGAGUCAUUGUCUUUUAUUAGCAAUAGAGUAAAUAUAGAUGUAUUUUCCUUUUUCUCCUCAUAUGAUCAUAUCUGUGACUAUCAGUUACAUAACAAAUUUCACAAGUGCGUCCAUCCCAUCUGAGGCAGUUGUGAUGGCAGCCUCACUGAUGUUGCACUGCGAGCAGAGUUGUGCAACUAUUUGCUGGCAUCUUCAGAUGAGAAUAAAUACACAACAGAUAAAAUUUGGCCAGAUAUUUCCGAGUAUGAGGGGAAUUUCCGUACUGGCACACAAUGGCCAACCAUAAAUACACCUCAUGCACGACAGGGCUGUCACUUCAAACAGUCUGGGCCUCACUGUGUGUGUGCGUGUGUGUUUAUGUGGGAAGCAGCUUAUGGGAGCAAGCGAGUUAGCGUGUCUGUGAUUGGGUGUGUGUGUGUAAGACAGGGGGGAGUGUGUACUGUAGUGUUAUUGGAAAUACAAUUGAGUGCAUUUAAGUACACACUCAGGUCAAUUAAUGCAGUUGUUAUGGGCUCCUCUGCUGAUCUGUGUCUGAGUCUUUUUGGGCUGCUUUCAGUUAAUGUGCAUUAUUUAUUUUUCUCCAGCUCACUGUGCACCAGUUAUUAUUACUGUAAAAGACCAAAUCUAAAAUAUACUAUGAAUCACCCAUAGUACAAAUUUUGUGAUUGAAUUUAUUGAUUCCAGGUGAGAACUGACGUCUGCAGUAGUAAGCUACUAAGUAUAAUCAAUACACAAAAUUGACACUGAAAACCUGUGUAAUAGAUUGUUAUAGAUAAUCCACCGUAGUGAUAUUUUUAAAUGUAUUUGUACAAAUGUAAUCUAUUUCAAGCUGUUCAAAUCAGUCCCACUUUUUGCCGAAUUACAAUGUAAUUAUUGCCUUCCUUAGAAAACACAUUUAAAAUGUGGGUUUCCUGUCAUUUCAUUACUGUUAAUUAUAUAAUACGUUUGUAAAAUACCCUAAUCACAUAAAAAUGACAUCUUGAAAAUGA